AUGACAACAGUGGUACUGCGCACAUCUUCGUCGAGUUCAUCACGCUCGCUGAUAUUAUUUGUUUUUGGUUGUACAUUAGCUGUUGUACUAAUGACAUUUCAAUAUGAACAUAAAUUAUUAUUAUUUAAUUCACCUCGUUUGAUGCUUACACUCCCGUCUUUGAGUCUCAUUUCUAUCUGUGGUCUUAGCGCUGCACUCGUGGGCUUUCUCUAUCCAUUACUGACUACAUCUAUCGAUCAAACAUCUAUGACUGUAUAUAAUGAUGAUUCAAUACAAAAAUCUCAAAUUUGUAAAUCACUAGUCAUCUUCGUCGGUAUAAACCAUCUAUGUGCUAAAAUUCCAUUUCCAAGUGAUCUCCAUUUUAGCAUUAUAAUUACUCUAUUGUGUAUAGCAUUCUGGUGGUAUUUUGAUGAGAUUCUAUUACGCGCUGGUGCAUUACAAUACACCCAUUCAGACUUUUAUUUAAAAACAUGUGUACCCUGUCUGACAUUCGCCGGUGCUAUUUUAACCAUACAAAUCACGAAACUCUUAUCUCAUCCGACAGUCAUAACAACGAUUCAAAUCGAUUCCGAACAUAUAAAAAACGAAUGA